AUGAAAGUCUUGCUGAAGGAACGUCGAAACCAAAUCGAUCGCGUUUGUGAAAUGCAGAGUGUGCAAUCCUACAACAAAGAAUUUCCUCCGUUUCCAGACAUUUUCCAUUUCUACCGGAAGUUAAAAAUUGCCGUGUGCAAAACACAUAAAACCGGAACUGUGAUUUUACCGAAGAUAGUUAACAUUCUUGAUACAAAAUUAUUAAAAGGAAGAAGAAAAUUUAAUUUGACCCAAUACUCGAUAAAUGACCUGAAAUUUAAUAUCAACAUUGAUGUUUUAAAGGAACGAAAUGAAGCAGACAUUGUUUAUAUAAUUAUUGGCAAGAACCCGUAUGAUCGUAUUUUAGAUCAUUUCCUAGAAGGAGUGACUGUAGUAAGUGAACUAAACCGUCAAAUUGGCAGGACGUUUCGCAAACCAUUAGAUACCGUGAUUGUCGAUGGAAAAUCUUUCGAUUGUGGUUUCCAAGUGGAUUUUCAAGAAUAUGUAGAUUACUUACUGAAACAUGUUCUAAAAUCCGGACAAUAUAAUCCAGUAUUAGAAUCUCCGAUUGCGCGUCAAUGUGCGCCUUGUAAUAUCAAAUAUACUUACAUGUUCAAACAGGAAACACUAAGGUAUGACAUUUUCCAUGUUUUGAAUUCUACGCAAAUGACUCCUGCUCAUAGAAAAGUUAUAAAUCAACUACUGUCACAUGAAUAUGACGAACGUCGACUUUAUCUUGAAGAAUAUGUCACAGAAAUCAUAGCAAAUCAGCGACAUCACAAAGAAGACUGUCCCGAAAUUCUAGCAUUGUUGUUCAAAACAUGGGAAUCUAUAAAAGACCAGGGUCUUCUCCAUGUCGAUUCCAAAUUUCCUUACGAGGCAUUCGUCAAGGUGAAACACAAAUCUACAAUAAUUGCAGAUACCAUCGGCCUUAUACGUGAAGAAAUGAAGAAGAACCCAGUGACUCCGGAACAGAGGACUCUUCAGAGACAAGCAAAAUAUAAAUUGUACAAUGGUCUUGACCAGAUUACAAUUGAUAAGAUAAGGGUGGCUUAUAAAGUUGAUUUCUUAAUGUUUGGGUAUGAUUCUUCGUCUCCAUCUGGUGAACUUAGACACAGGACACCAAAGUAA